AUGGGCUCUAGUGAGAGCAGGACACGGAAGGUGUCGUUUGGUGUUGACGACGAGGACAGAGUGAGAAUUCUGCGUGGAGUCAAGCUGUCAGAGGAUGUUCUUCAGAGGAUGAAAGGAGUAGCCAACAUUGCUCCUGCAACAACUCAGAAAGAACCAGAUUCUCAAACGAAGCCACAGCCGACUCCACCAGCCAGUCCCAAGUCCAACAAACAGGACGAGCAGCGGAAGUUUGAAGAACAGCAACAAUUCUUGAAAGAUGAACUGUCUAAAAUAGCACAGAAAGAGGCGGUGAUGAAUGAGCUCACAAAAGCCCGAAGCCAAGAGAAACUGCAGACGAGAAGGGAAGCUGAGAAGGCCAAACUUCUGGCUCAGAAGCUUCAGAAGAAGGACUCGCAGCUGAAAGCCUUAGAAGCCUUUUAUAAAGCGCAAAUCACACAACUGGAAAAGAGGAAUCGAGAAGAGUACGAGCAAAGCAAAGACGAGUUCCACCAAGCUGCCUCCAAGACUGAAGAACACGUGAGGGCUCGCAACACAGAACCCGUCUGUACCGGUCUUCAAGCGCAGAUCUUCACUUGCUACCGAGACAACAGAGAGCAGACGCUGCGGUGCUCAGACCUGGCCAAAGAUUACAUGAAGUGUAUCCAGGCUGCCAAAAAGGGCACUGCGGUAUCCCACGGCAUACAGUAA